AACAUUAUGUACUGUACAGAAUCAAUUUUAAAAAACCUUGAAAAUAUCAAAAUUUUCAAAACAAAAAUAUAUUUUGUUUUCACUUCUCAUUCAAUUCAAAAUUAAAAAGUUUACAAAAAAUUUAAAAAAAAAAUGCUUACAACACCUUUGCAACCUCAUAACAGUUUAAACAACAUUACGUCAAAAAAUAGUUCAAGCUCGCAUAGAAAUAUGAAAAUUCUUUCAUUAUUGCAAAAAUCCAAACCUUCAACUCAUAAAAGGCAGAAAAAAAAGAAUAGAAAAAAUGAUAUCGCUGCGAACGUUCCAAAAGCAGCAGUGAUGCUCGAAGUGAAACUUCAAAAAGCAAUGCGUAAAAAUGCCGACGAAAAACUACAUAGCAAUGAAGACCAUACACAAAAUCUCUUGCAAACCAAACAAAUGCUUUCUGAUAUUCUAAAAGAAUAUGAUCAUAUUUCAAAAGAUAAAAUCAUUUUAACAACGGAAAUACAAAAUAUGAAAAAAUAUUUAUCAGAAAUUCGAUCGAAACUGGAUCAAUCGUUGGUAGUGCUUAAUAAAAAUACAACUCUUUUUGCAAGGAAGAAAGGAUUAAUAGAAAAACAUAUUUUCACAAGCAAAAAGAAGAGUAAUUCUUUGAAAGGAAAACGUUCGAAGAAAGCAAAUAUUUCACCUGCUGAUCAAAUUAAACCUAUCCUUAAAAAUAUUUUAUUACUUUAAAUUUUAUAUAAGAAUGGAAAUAAAUUAAAUUAUAAUACU